GGGCCCGAGUCUAAAACAAGAUCCAGAGGGAUCGAGAAAAGCCCGAGAGACAUGUUAUAUGAUGUUUGGCUACAUAUGACAACCAAUUUGAGACAUGUUCAAAGCACACAUAGCGAAGAAGACGCAGAGAAAAAUGAGACCCAACAUUGUUUCUGAGGCACGAUUGCCUACUAGGUUGGGGCAAUGGUGGGAAGGAAUUCCGUUCCUUACUUCAUCAGUGGUUAUUGUUUGUGGGGCAAUUUACUUGGUUUGUCUUUUAGUUGGAUACGACUCCUUUGCUGAAGUGUGCUUCUGGCCCUCGGUAGUUAUUUCGCGGUUUCAAGUUUACAGGAUUUAUACAUCUAUUAUUUUUCAUGGUUCUCUGCUACAUGUUCUAUUCAAUAUGAUGGCUUUGGUUCCUUUGGGCUCUGAGCUGGAGAGAGUUAUGGGCUCCGUCCGCUUGUUGUACAUGAUAAUCCUAUUGGCUAGUAGCAAUGCCAUAUUUCAUCUUCUUAUUGCGUUGUUGGUAUCUUUUAAUCCCUUUCACCCUAUUCAGUAUAUCAUGAAUGAGUGUGCAAUAGGCUUCUCAGGAAUCUUAUUCUCUAUGAUCGUUAUAGAGACAAGUUUAAGUGGAGUCCAAUAUAGAAGUGUGUUUGGACUAUUUAAUGUGCCUGCUAAAUGGUAUGCAUGGAUCUUACUGGUAGUUUUCCAGCUUCUCAUGACAAAUGUCUCUUUACUUGGCCACCUUUGUGGAAUUUUGUCUGGAUUUGCAUAUACGUAUGGGUUAUUCAAUUUUCUACUACCUGGAUCAUCCUUCUAUUCUUCCAUUGAAUCCUCCUCAUGGCUUGGGAGUUUUUAUUCUCCAAAUCUCUCAGUGCAAUCCAAGUUUAUAUUGUGCACUGGUGGCAACCCUUCAGGCCACAUUCCCACUCAUUUGAAUCAAUAUACAACAUCCAGAGGCUUGCUAUCUGGAGAUAUAUGGAGGCGGCUUUCUUCAUGGAUGCCACAAAGGGAGACAUCUGCUCAGUCAGCAGAAGACAGUAACAUGUUUCCUGGGAGAGGAAGAACACUUGGUUCUGGUCGAAGUCAAACAGUUUCCACUGUAAGUUCUGAUUCAAGCCUAGAGGCUAGACUGUUGGAUAAUGGUGGCAGCCCCAACCAUCCACCAGCAACUGGUGCAGACCAGCAGAUUGUAAAUGGAAGGCAGUCUGCAUUCGAUGGUGCCACAGCCGCAGCUGCUGGAGUUCUUGCACACCAUCAGGGUUCAGUCGUCUCGGAAGAAGAGAUCCAAAAUCUUGUAGCAAUGGGUUUUGAAAGGACACAGGUAGAAGUUGCAGUGGCAGCUGCAGAUGGGGAUUUAAAUGUAGCGGUGGAAAUUCUAAUGUCCCAACUGGGGUAAAAUUCUGAAGGACUGCUCUACCAUUUGCAUAGGAAAUCCCAUGAGCUGGAAGUACUAUGUAUUUCAUGUUUUGUCUCUUCUGCUCGUGGCAGGUCUCUGCCUGAAUUUCCUUGUGGGUUAUAGUAUAUUCUUUGACAGCCUAACAUAUUCUCUUUUGGUGGUUUGUUUGAGAGAGAGAGAGAGAGAUGAUGUGUAAUCAUGUGCACUAAAUUCCUUAGAAAGAAGAGAAGAUGGUUUUUACAGUGCUACAGCAAUCUCACUCCCCCUCCCCCUCCCCCUCUCCCUCUUUAAAGAGAAAAUAAACUUAGAAGAAUCAAUUUUCAAGUGUA